AUGCUUUUUAAUGGUCUAACAGUUGCAGGGUUUCUUGUAUUCCAGAUGCUGGAAAUAGGUAUUACUGACAUGAUGGAGCAUAUUUUUGUCAACCCUGCAGUACACAAAAUUCACAACUUCCCGGACAUUCUGGGAAUCGAAUAUAAUCCAAAAGAUCCAUGGGUGAACUACUAUGCAUUCAAAAGUGGGGUAAUCUGCACCCAGAUAUUGCUGCUUCCGCUGGUGAUUAAGUUGAUUCUACUAGCCUUAACACCUAAGGCUAAUGCACGGAAAAGUCUGCGUUUCUACCUUCAGUCACACAUAAUUUUAAUGGUAUUUUUGCUUCUUGCCGACAUAUUAGUUCUCUAUACAUAUGAUCAAGACAAAAUCAGUGGUGUGCCUCAUAGCCUAAGUAUCUAUAUUUACAGAAACCACAUGUGGUUCUAUCUGACUCAUACUAUUGCUGAGAUCUCUUCUCUGGUAUGUACCAUUCUCAUGUGCUGUGGCUGGUUGCCAUGGUUGACUUAG